UAUUUAUCAUAAUAAUGUAAUCUUAAAGAACGAAAAUCCGUUGUCGAAUAUAUUUCAAUAAUUGUUUAUAAAAAAUAUUAAAAUAAAUAAAAAUAACACAGAUUUCUUAAGUACCUGCUUAUUAUCAACACAAUUCGGAAUAUCAAUCGUACACGAUCAUCAUCAUGGAAUCCUCCAGUAGUAAAAAAUAUGGGUUAAUUGUUCCUAAAAAACUUUCGGACCUACCGAAGAAGAUUACUAAUGUGUUUGGCGAUGAUAGUGAUUCUGAUAAUGAAACAUCAAAAAAAAAACCCAUUCAAACUAAUAACCAAACUAAAGCUCAGCAAAGAAGUGCAAAAUUGUCUAUUGACAAGGCGCUGAAAGAAGAUGCAACAGUUUUUCAGUAUGAUGAAGUUUAUGAUGAGAUGGAGAAAAAAAAAGAACAUACCAUUGAAAAGAAGAAAGAUGUUAAGCCACGGUAUAUACAAAAUUUAUUAGUCCAAGCAGAGAAACGUAAGGUUGAAUAUGAACGUAGAAAUGAAAGGUUAAUUCAAAAAGAAAGAGAAGCUGAAGGAGACCAGUUUAAAGACAAAGAAGCAUUUGUCACUGCUUCAUACAAAGCAAAACUGGAAGAGUUAAGAAAACUGGAUGAAGAAGAUUUAAAGUUUUCCAUGAUUGAAGACAUUAAUGAUGUAACAAAACAAAAAGACAUGGGUAGUUUUUACAGACAUUUGUUUAAAGAAGAAUUGUGCAAGAAUGAAAAUGAUAAAACUGAUGAAGUGAAAAAGUCAACAAAGAAAUCUGAUGCAAGCCGCCAAUAUAGAAAGCGUGCUUCUUCAAACACUUCAGAUGAUGAUAAUGCUAAUGAUGAUAGAGAUACUGACCUAUCUGAAUCUGAUUCAUCAGUGGAUUCAAAGCGUAGAAAAAUUGAAAUUUGUGACGAUAAAAAAUCUUUAGAAGAAAAUGUAGACAAGCCCGUGGUAAAAUUAAAAGAGUCAACAACAGAAAUAGCUAAGGUAAUGGAUACAGCACCAAAUGAAGAAUUAAAACCAAAACCAAAUGAAGAACCAAAACCAAAAGAAGAAACUAAUGAGAUACCUAAAGACAAAAAGGUGGAGAAAAAUGAAAGUAAACCGAAAGAAAUUAAACCUAAAAUAAAUAUUUGGUUAAAGAGGACAGUUGGUAAUAUUUUUGAAGAAGCACGUCAAAGAUAUUUCCAAAGACAAAUGGCUAAUCUACAGGGUGUUAGAACUUAGGAUU